UCUUGUAAAUUAACUUCUGCAAAUAUUAAUAUGCUUGCGGAAAAGGUAGAAAAAGAGGCUGCUGGCCAGCUGCUGGAUGCCAUGUACCUGGAUAUGUUUCAUUUAAUCGAAGAGCACACCCAGAGUCGAGUGAAUUUGGAGAGAUCGAACGCCAGCGGAGCCAUACUUUUGGCCAGAACAAGAUUCCAGACUGGUGGCUGUAAUUCCGUGUCCAAGGCACAGAUCCCAACGGAGAACAGUGCCGAAUUCAAUGCCCUGUGCCGGGUCAUACAGGCCAAAGACGAGAAUGGGAUCAACAUCGAGCGUCAUGCGGUGGAUAAGGCCAAUGGUUACGUGGAGCCACUGCAUUGGUUCUCGGUUCUGCCGCCCAUGAGUUUACGCCAUGCAGUGACCAAAUUCAGGGAUUGCAUUGAGCUCGUUGCGGAGAGCACUAAUCUGCAGAGGCAGCUGACAGAUGUUUUGUGCUGGAUCUCCAAGCUGCGACAGAGUGUGCUACAGCAGUAGAUGCACCCAUUGGGCAACCAAUCAAAUGUAUUAUUAAGAAUAAAGUUAAUUACAUGAAGGCUCCAUUUCUUUUCCGAA